AUGCAAAGCAAGUCUGCCUCCUGCGACGGGGAAAUUAAGGUGGGUUUCAUCAAUGGCUCUGCUAAAAGUGUAGUAUCGUCUUACUGAAGCCCCAUCCACAUGAUUGCCCCGUGCACAAUGAGUGUGUCUAACAGCAGACCUUCAUACCUGCGGUGGUGGUUGUUCAUGGUUCUGAUGGUGCUGCCUGCUGUGCAGCUCUCGUAUGCCAAAUGCCCCAGAUCAUGCGUCUGUCAUGUUGCCACUGAAGUGCACUGCACCUUCAAAUACCUGACCACAGUACCUGACCACUUCUCACCAUCUGUGGAAAGAAUAAACCUUGGGUACAAUGGUAUCACUUCCUUGAGAGAAACUGAUUUUUCUGGGCUUGAGAAGUUGGAGCUGUUGAUGCUGCACAGCAACACUAUACACAGAGUUGAAGACAGAACCUUCAGAGACCUCAAGUCUUUACAGGUCCUAAAGAUGUCACAAAACAAAAUAAAAGUAAUCCACAAGGAGACAUUUAAAGGCCUGGAUAGUCUACUGAGACUCCACUUGGACCACAAUCACAUAGAAUUUAUCAGCCCCGAAGCUUUUUAUGGCUUAACCAAGCUGCAACUGGUCCAUUUGGAGGGCAACCAGCUCCAGCAGCUCCACGCAGACACAUUUGUCACGCUGCGAUACAGCCAAGUUUUUGAAGUGUCCUCAUUAAGAACCAUCCACUUGUCAGACAAUCUCCUGACCACUCUGCCUGCAGAUAUUUUCUCCGGCUGCAGUCAUUUGGAGAACCUUUUUCUCCACGGCAACCCUUGGAAGUGUGAUUGUCGUAUGAAAUGGUUCUCAUUGUGGGAACAGACGCACGCUGGUGUGCUAAAAUGCAAGCAAGACAGGAGAUAUCCAAGAGGCCAGCUGUGUCCUGUUUGUGAAAAUCCUGCCCCUUACCAUAACAGAUCUGAGUCCCAGCUCUACGAUAAUGCCUUUACUUGUGCCAGACCCUGGAUCGAACCCCAUCUAAAACAGAAAAACAUAAGUCUGGAGGAAGGAGACUUCACUCCGGUUUCCUCUAAGGAUUUUAUUGCUCCUUUAGGCUCUAUACAAAUUAAAUUGACUGAUGAGUUUCGCAACGAUGCCAGUCUAUCCUGCACCGUCCAGAGGCCCAGUGCUUUUGAAAACUUGACUCAAAUCAUGGAGGAAGAAAACAAUGUAACCAUGCUUAUCACUGGCAUAACUACAUAUUUAGUGUGUAACACGGACUACGACCACAUCCAACAGCUGUGGCAGAUCCUGGCCACCUACAGUGACUCUCCUAUGAGGCUAGAAAGAGGUUUAAUGCUAUCCAGAACACCUGAAAUGGUUUACAGAUAUAGUCAGAUAAAAGAUGGAGAGGAAGAAAUUACCACAAACAUUGAGGCUGAGAUUAAAGCCACUCCAGCAUGGUUAAUGCAAGGGAACAUGAGCCUACAGCUUGAUCGCACUACUACCACCUAUUCGACUCUGCAUAUUAAGUACCAGUCUCUAGUCAAACUACAUGUUGAAAGCACACCGUCUAAAAAGGAUCGUUAUUCCUGGACCAUGAUCAAACGAGACAAUCAAACGAAGACUGAGCACACUGUUAUUACAGGUGGUGUGGCACAGUUGAGCUGUCAAAUCCAGGGUGAACCAAAGCCUCUACUGGAGUGGAUUUUGCCAGAUGGAAGUAAGAUCCGAGCUCCUUAUUCCAGUGGGGACAGAAGGAUCAUAAUCUCUGCUGAUGGGAUGCUAACUCUUCGACAUGCAGAUACUUCUGACACUGGUCUCUAUUGGUGUAUUGCUACAAACUACUUGGACGCAGAUAUCCUCAUUUUUCGAAUAACAGUUCUUUCUCCUGAUGUGGAAGAGUUUGAGGUUAACGGUCUCCACCUCUCAAAGUCAAUUGAUGAAAAUCUUGUAUUUGACUGCAGCUCCUUUGGAAGUCCUGAGGUCUCAAUUUCAUGGAUACUCCCUGACCACUCAGUGCUAGAGAAGUCUCAAGGGAAUAAGAAGAUGUUCAAAAAUGGGACACUGUUGGUACAAGGGUUAACAGAAAGGGAUCGAGGAUUUUAUAGGUGUUUGGUUGCUAAUUACCUGGGAGUUGACCUACUUGUGUCUCAGGUGACACUUUCCAAAGAAAAGCUUGAUGCUGCAACAGUUUUGGACACUGAGGGAUCAGGAAUGAUAACAGAAGUAAAUAUGGACUCUAGCUUGGCAGAACAUACAGUCAACCUUACAGAAAUUGCCUCCUCAAAUCCUGCUGAGGGAACUAGGCAGGAGUCCAGGACUAUCACUUCAGAUCGCCCUUAUCCGAGGCUGAGAUCACAGGGCAGAGGAACUCUUCCGAGUGUACUGGGACAGAGAAGAAAGGGAGCAGUUCGCAGCAGACCCAUCUGGCAUAGUAGGGUCUUUGAUAAAACUUCAAGAAGAGUAGACCCACAGAAGUUUGCUCAGUAUAUGAAAAAAGCUCAUGAUGGAUCAAGAUUAAAGUCUAGCACAAUAAACGAGAGGAUAAAUCAUACAGUUUCUUUAGGUUAUGAUGAAAUAGGCUCUGGGGAAGAUCAUAAAGAAGAACAUCUCAUUGUUGUGCCAUUGAAAGUCAAUUCAACCAAAGAAAAAAUAACAAUCACUCAUAAAAGAGAGUCAGAUUUUUUAGCAACAACAAAGAUACAGCAGUUUGAUGACAUAAAUGCAUUCAGUCAUGACAUUUUUUCAAGUAAAAUUAAAGAAAAGCCAAACGCUCCAACAACAGAAACAUUAGUGCCGGCAGAUACUAUAUCAAUAAAGCCUAUAUUCCCACACCUGCCGAGUCAUGUUGAGACAACAGAGCUUUAUGCACUUGAAAGAAACAGCAAGCUACUUCCAAAUAUGGAUUCAGUCCCUCUAAACCAUGCAACGACAGAGACUGUACAUGAAACACAACUCAGUUUUUCAGGAGAACAAUCUACAGAGACAGAGACAUCCACAGGAUCAGCACUGUCUUUACCUACAGACCCCAACAUUUCUUCAGUAAGUGAUGACCCAGGCCCGGUGGAGCUCAUAAUCCACACAGACCCAGAAAGCCGGACUACAUUCACUGCAAUCACCACCACAGGAAAACAGCAGAACAGAGUCACUUUCCACACUACCCAAACAAUAAAAUCUCCACAGCUUUCUGCGGGAUCCACGAUCAUCUCCCAACAGCAGAUACAAAUAAUUCCACACAAGAACAGCAGACAAAAAAGCGGUAGGAGGACUUUACAUGGUCGCAGGAAAAUUGUUAAACCCAUCAGGAUUACUGAUAUACAAUCAUUCAUCAACCGGUUUAAAAAGCCAACUUUAAAGAAGGCAGAAAACACCUCUGUGCCAGUUCCAGUUUACUUAACCACAAACUGUGACGGUGAUGAACACAAAAGUAGGGCAGUGACUGCUAAGGUGCAACUCAUUACUCUACCAGCUUCCACCAAUCCAUUUCCAAGUAAAACUGAGAAACCUAUAUCUACACGAGAAACUGCAACUUCUGCUCCAAUCCACACCACUUCAAAAAGACCCUUCAGUCAUACUGAGUCUAGUUCAGAGGUUUCCACUGAGUAUAUAAAAUCUGCUGAUGUCCCUGAAAUUAACCCUAGUAUUGAUUCAUUUUUUACUUCAAAAACAAUGCUACCCAUUACCAGUGCAUCUACUACAAGGACAUCUAAGGUUAUUCAUGGAAGAAUUCCAUGGAACAGGUUAUUUGGAAGUGGAGAAAGAGAAAGGAUACUAAGCAGGUUAAAGAGGCCAUCCAUUCCACCAAAAAGCUCAACUACACUUCAAACUAUACCAGUAACCCUAACCCCUGCUACUGUAUACACCACCAGCACAUAUUCACCAGCCAUACUUGAGAAUCUGAAACCACCCACACUCACACAAAGCAAAGAGAGCUCAGGAGAUGACGACUCUGGAGGUUUAGCAUCUACAGACUUUGAGUUUACAACACAAGGUCCCAGCUUUCAUCCUAAAACUACCACAAGUUCAUCUGAUUACACUAGGUCUUCCACCACCACUGAAAAACCACUUGAAAUACCAUCUCUGCCUUCUCCACCUACAGUUAAACAACAUUCAGUUGAAAUUCAUGAUGAAACCUUAUCAUCGGGGUCUGGCGGAAUACCUGAUCAUUUGCUUGUAAUCAGACAAAGACUUGGUGGGACAAGGCGACAACAGGGGAGAAGAAGGAGGCCCUAUCGGGGCAGGGGGCCCUUCAGAAAACCUGAACUCACAAAACUUAAGUCUAGAACAACUGUGGCUACAACUACAAAUGUUUCAACAAAAGAAAAUAUAAUAGAGGAAACCACACAAGCUCAACAGUCUGUCUUUAACAAUGCCAUGUAUCCACCAUCCAAGAAAAAGGACAGAAACACAGUACCUGUUUCCAUUGAUCAAAUAUCAAAAGAGAUUGAUUUGUAUAGUGAAUUUGACAGGUCAUCUAGUGGUUUAUUUGCCAAUACUCCUUUUAUUACUUUAUCAAAAUAUAUCCCUAGUACUACAGUAAUGCCAACUGUCAAAAAACGUAACAAUGACAGAGGCAGUGCAGAUAAAUCCAUUGACUUUGAAUCAACGACCAUCUUUAUGACAGAGAAAGGACAUGAUAUUGGUUCUCCAUACAGCAAAGGAAUUCAUAAAACUAUUUUUUCUACUUACAAUCACUUAAUUGGCAAUAAAGCAAACAGUCCUAAAACUGCUCCACUAAAACCCACAGCAAAGCCUAUGCCAAGCAAGCCUCGAAUAAUUGGGGGAAAUGCAGCAAGCUUUACUGUUUUGUCUAAUUCAGAUGCUUUCCUACCAUGUGAGGCUGCUGGAAACCCACAGCCAGUUAUAACCUGGAAACGCUUCUCUUCAACCACAGGAGACAUAACUUUGAUCAAGAAAAGAAUGGGAAAGUUUGAGGUGUUGAGCAAUGGCACCUUGACCAUCCAGAAUGCCAACAUUAAAGACCGUGGCCAGUAUCUCUGUCUUGCUGAAAAUGAUUAUGGAUCAGACAAACUUCUCAUCACCCUCUCAGUGGUAGCCUACCCCUCACGCAUCCUGGAGCCCAAACUGAGAGAGAUGAAGGUUUACACAGGAAACAAAGUCGAGCUGGACUGUAAAGCUGAAGGCCGACCUAAGCCUAUGAUUUCUUGGAUCUUAGCAAACCGGACUCAACUAAGGGGGCAAAACACUGAGAGAGGAAGGGUAUCAGUAAUCUCUGAAGGGACUCUGAUUAUUGAACAUGUGUCUGUUUAUGACAGAGGCUAUUACAAAUGUAUUGCCAGUAAUCCAGCAGGAGCUGAUACCGCUACAGUACGACUACAGGUAGUUGCGGCACCACCAGGAAUUGUUGAGGAAAAACGUCAACAGCUGAAAGCUAGUUUGACCCAGAAUGUGUGGCUCCCUUGCACCGGCCAUGGCAUCCCACAGCCGACUAUUCACUGGGUCCUACAUGAUGGAUCAAUAAUUCAGCCUCAUAAACAGGCCAGUGAAAAAAGAAUUUCAGUCCAUGAUAAUGGAACACUGUUCUUAAAAGAUGUGACUCCAGCAGAAAAUGGGAAAUAUGAAUGUAUUGCUACCAGCUCAACUGGUUCAGAGCGAAGGGUGGUGACUCUGAUAAUUGAAAGUCAAGACUCUGCACCCCAGAUAGUGAAGACAUCUCAAACCAUGACAGAGUUGUCUUAUGGGGAUCAAUUAAGACUUAAUUGUUUAGCAACAGGAGACCCUGAACCGAGGAUCAUAUGGAAGCUACCAUCAAAAGCUGUUGUUGAGCAAGGUCAAAGAAUGGGUAGCAGAAUACAAGUCUUGGAUAAUGGCACGCUUGCUGUUAAUUCAGUAAGCGAUAAAGAUGCUGGAAACUAUAUCUGUGUAGCCCGAAGCACAAUUGGCGAUGAUCUUCAGCUCAUGAGGGUCACAGUAUCAAUGAAGCCGGCCAAAAUAGAGUCUAAGCUCAAUAGAAAGAAGCAAAUACCCUUUGGCAAAGACUUGAAAGUGGAUUGUAAAGCCUCAGGGGCCCCUAAACCAGAGAUCUCCUGGGGUCUACCAGAUGGUACAGUAGUCAACAGUGCUAUGCAGUCUGAUGCUGGUAUAGGAGGAGGACGAACCCGUCGCUAUACCUUGUUUGACAAUGGGACUCUUUAUCUUAAUCAGGUUAGCACAUCUGAAGAAGGAGACUACACCUGUUAUGCGGAGAACCAGGUCGGAAAAGACGAGAUGCAUGUACAUAUCGAUGUGAUGACAACUCCUCCAAAGAUACGAUCACCAAGCCAGACCUAUGCCAGGGUGAAACCUGGAGGUAGUAUUCGCUUUGACUGUGAAGCGUUUGGAGAGCCAAAACCCAUGAUCCUAUGGAGGCUUUCUAACAAUGAUGUAAUAGUAGCAUCAAAUGAACGCUACUUGUUCCAUGUCAAUGGUUCUCUUGAUAUCAAGAAUGUGAAGAUAACUGAUGCAGGGGAAUAUGUAUGUAUGGCUCGCAAUCCUGGUGGAGAAAACAAAAAAGUUUAUAAAUUGGAUAUAGAUGGGAACCCACCAGUCAUCAAUGGCUACCAUCAGAAUAGAACUGUAAUUAAAGAUGUGGCCAAGAAACACUCCAGGAAACUUAUAGACUGCAAGGCUGAAGGGGAACCCACUCCAUCUGUCACCUGGAUUAUGCCUGAUAAUAUAUUUUUAACCGCACCAUAUUUUGGCAGCAGGAUCAAUGUUCACAGAAAUGGGACACUAGAGAUCCAUAAUGUGCGGCCUACAGAUACAGCAGAAUUCAUUUGCUUGGCAAGAAAUGAUGGGGGUGAGGCAGUAAUGAUGGUGCAACUGGAGGUUACCAGUAUGCUUCAGAGGCCAAUCUUCAAAAACCCUUUUAAUGAACGUCUUGUGUCUGGGGUCGGAAAAACUACAGUUCUGAAUUGUUCUGCUGAUGGAUAUCCAAUGCCAGAAGUAAUUUUGAUUUUGCCUAAUGGAACAAGAAUUACCAUUGGAUCCAAACUUGGUUCUCGCCAUGAACUGCGCAAUGAUGGGACUUUAGUCAUCUACAACUCUCAUGAAGAAGAUUCUGGGAAGUAUCGUUGUGGGGCCAAAAAUUCCCAGGGCUAUAUAGAGAAGUUAAUAAUGUUGAACAUUGGGCAGAAACCUUACAUCCUUACCAGACCUAAGGGUAUUAUACGUGGUAUGUUUGGAGAACCCCUGUUCCUUCAUUGUUUAUCAGAUGGGAGUCCAAGACCCAGAGUUUACUGGACUAUUCCUGGUGGUCACACGCUUACCCAGCCUCAAAAACUUGGGCGGUACCAUCUGCUAGAGAAUGGCACUCUAAUUGUGCAGGAAGCUACUCUCCAUGACAGAGGAAACUACAACUGCAGAGUUCGUAACAAUGUUGGGGAGGCAGCUCUUACUAUCCCUGUUAUAGUUAUUGGUUAUCCUCCAAGGAUCACCACAGGGUUACCUCCUAGUGUGAGGACAAUGAUGGGGACACCAAUCAAACUUAACUGUGCUGCCACUGGGAUUCCAAAGCCAGAAAUCUCCUGGAAACUUCCAAAUCGUUCUGUUUUGUCAGCAGCAGAGCAGGGACGACCUAUGGGAAGUGAGCUACUCCAUCCUCAGGGCACACUAAUCAUCCAGAGGCCCACAGCUUCUGACUCUGGCAGAUAUACAUGUGUAGCCAAGAGCUUAUUAGGUACAGACUCAAAGGUCACAUAUGUGCUUGUUCUUUGA